GUCUGGAGGGCGAGGCGGCGCCGGUGCUGCAGGUGAUGCGUCGGUACAUCCGGACGUUUUUCGGCUGCGAGGACUGCGGUCGACACUUCGAGCAGGCGGCGGCCGCCAGCAUGGACCGAGUCCAGAACCGAGAGGAGCAGAUCCUCUGGCUCUGGAACCAGCACAACGCCGUCAACUACAGACUGGCCGGCUCCCUGAGUGAUGACCCCCUCUUCCCUAAAGCUCCGUGGCCGAGCCCCGCCCUCUGCGCCUCCUGCCACGAGGAGAAAAACGGCGUCCACGUCUGGAACCAAGACAAAGUCCUCCUCUUCCUCAGACAGCACUACGGAGCCUCCAACAUUUCCCCAAAAUACUCCUUGACUCCCCCUCGACUCCCUGCACCUCCUCCCGAUCCUGAUCCUGCACAGACCCGCCUGCCUCAGGAGGAACACCGAGGAGGAGAGAGGAGGGAGUCAGAAAAGAAACCCGAGGAGCAGCCGGAGCCUCGACCGGGACAGCCGGCUGUGAGGGGGGAGGAGAAGGAGGAGACGCUGAGUGUGAGGGGAAGAGGAGCAGGAGGGGCAGGAGGAGCAGGAGGAGGAGCAGGAGUGUGGAUCCUGGGUCUGGGGUUCAACAGCGUGGACAUGAGUCUGUGUGUGGUGCUCUACGUCUGCUCCUGCCUCUUCAUCAUGCUCCUCUUCUUCUUCUUCAAAGUCCGCUCCAGGAGGUGGAAGCUCCGCUACGCCCGCCUCCACGUUUAACCAGGACCAGUCUGACCUGGACCAGACCGACCUGGACCAGUCAAACCUGGACCAGUCAAACCAGGACUAUGUUUGACCUGGACCAGACUGACCUGUACCAGACUGACCUGUACCAGGCUGACCUGGACCAGUCAAACCAGGACCAGUCUGACCUGAACCAGACUGACCUGGACCAGUCUGACCAAGACCAGUCUGACCUGGACUAGUAAUACCAGAAACAGACGGACCUUGACCAGUCUGACCAAGACCAGAUUAACCAGAACCAGACUGACCUGGGCCAGUUUAACCAGAGCCAGUCUGACCCGGACUAGUCUGUCUGACCUGGACCAGUCUGUCUGACCUGGACCAGUCUGUCUGACCUGGACCAGUUAAACCAGGACCAGUUAAACCAGAACCAUUUAACCCAGGACCGGACUGGUCCUGUGGGGGGCCACAGGUGUGUCUCUCUCACCUGUCAGUUAGGGGAUCUGAUGUAUUUAUAGAAUAAAUUUUAAAUUGCACCAUGUGACCAGGUGACCAGGUGACCAGGUGACC